CUCCAGACGUUUUGCUGUGACCUGCAGCAAUAUUUCCGCUUCUAGUUCUAACCAUGGUACUUCUUGAUAUUACUUCUGGUCAAUAACACUUGUACGUGAUCAGUUUUCUUAAAAUUAAAGGUUAAUUUUUAAAGAUAUCGUACUUCCAUUUUUCCUCUUCAUAUAUGAUAAGUUAACUCAGUAAGUUGCCGCAGCACCGAUCCAGGACUGCUUGGUCUUGCGGCACACCGAUUUCAUGAGGGAAAUCCAAACUUUUCUGUUAAUGUUCUAAAAUGUAAAGACAGAACCAUGAUAGCAGACAGAUCUUCCUCCAUUCUUCACCUCGUCAUUAUCCCUACUACUGCUGCUACUAUUACAGCAACUACUAUUACUGUUAUCAUUAUUAUUAUUACUAUUAUUAUUAUUAAUAUUGUUAUUAUCAUCAUUAUUAUUAUCAUUAACAUAUGUGCACUGACUAUGACGGCAGUGCGUAACGUUUAGAAAACGAAGAGGGAAUGUUUUCCUUUUGUUUGAAAUAAAGGACAAAAUAUUCUUCUAUUAUCUGAUUAUCCUAAACUUUUUUUAAUUUUACUGUGAAAUUCCUGAAAUCAUGAGAAGUUUUGACUUUUGAAACACCAAGACAAAAGCGUCAAGCAUCCGUGGUAUUCAUACACUCGCAACGUUCUUUAUUUAAUAAGUGUAUGUGAAAAGAAAUUCCUGAGAUGCUAUGGUUUCCAGAUGCACCUGAUCAUCGAAACUCUGCUGUGCCUCCUUCUGUCCGCUGAGCUGGUGUGGAUGAACACCAACAUAUAUCCUUCAGGCAACAAGGACUGGUUCCACCGCACUGCCGGAGCUUUGGAGGCCGUGUUAUCGCAGACCUCCAACAACGAUAUGACCUUGGUGGCACUCACGGACGGACGAAUACCGCAUCGCAGCAUCGAGCGUAUGCUACAAGCGCUAGUAUCGAGAGGUGUGUGCGUCUUCCAAGCCGAAAUGGACGGUGAGAUUACAAACGCGACGCACGCAAGGCUAUCACACACCAUCGAGAAGGCCAGGCAGAUACGCGUGAGGUCACUGUCAGUCACUAUGGCGGUGGUGAGCCAAAAUCCUGCCUUCCUCGCUGCCUUCGCCGAGCUAUCACUCACGGGCCGCCUACAGAUGUGGUCCACGAGGGUCAUCAUCCACACCAGUCUGCCUCUCAGAGUGUUGACCGGCAUGCACAAACUCCUCUCCACCAGAAACUGCAUGUUACUCCUUGCUAAUGAGCUGUACGUAUAUACUAAAAAACUUACCACUCAUUUUCUUUGUACAGUACUGGAUCAAAAGUUCUUAAUUCAUCGAAAAAAAAAAUCCCACGUGAACAUCUAUGCCCAGCUUCCCUACACUGCUGAGGACAGCCUGCCCUUGACGGUGGCCGCCUGGAAUCCCCUUAAAGGCCUCACGCUUGUCUCUUAUCUCUCACUCUUCCCUGAAAAGUACCACAGGUUGGUAAACAACGGCACGCUUUUGUCAAGUUAUUAUCUGGUGACGGAGAUGGACAGGGACAGUAUUGAGUGGUCACUGCCUUUAUGUGAAGCACUUCUGAGUUUCAGAUUCCCCACAGCCCCACACUUGACAGUCACGGUGGAACUCUUGCCUCACCACACCUUUUCCUGGACCGAAGACGUGGCUGCCCCGGGGGGAAGGCGACUCGUCUUCACGGGCACGAUGGACAAGACCGUCAGAUACUUCUCAAAAGCCAUGAAUUUCACGUACACGUACGCUCGUUCCCCUGAGAAGACUUUCGGCACGCGAUUGCCUGACGGGUACUGGACAGGCAUGAUGGGUAUGGUAGUACGGGAGGAAGCAGACUUCGGCACUGGGCCUUUCAUACUGAACAAAGCACGCUAUGACGCGGCAGACGUCACCUCGACUAUCUGGAUGGACAAUAUGAGGAUUGUGAGCGGCAUGGGAAGCCCCGAGGUGGACCCGUGGGGCUUCCUGUUUCCCCUUAGGCCCAUGGUGUGGAUGGCUCUCAUCACAACAUUCUUCGGCAUCAUGGCUGUCACCGAACUGCUGUCUCUCUUCAACCUCAAUGUUCAUGCAACGACGAACGCCUUCAGUGUAGUGCGCAUCCUCCUGCAGCAAGAUGAGUAUACAUGUAACAAAAGAUGGGUUUGGGAGCGUCUGGUGCUGGGGCUGUGGAUGCUGACCACGCUGGUGCUGACCAAGAGCUACGCGGGUAACCUCAUGUCCCUGCUGGCGGUGAAGUAUGUGCCGCAGCCCUUCCAAACAUUGAGGGACGUGCUGGACAACAAUGAAAUCAUAUCCAUUUGGCAAAGAUACUCCUCAAAUGAACAGUUCAUUCGUGAGGUUCAAUCUGGUAUUUACUACGAGGUGGCAAUGCUCGAAAAGGAGGAUCGUCUUAAAUUCCGCACUCAAGGGGAGUUCCCAGAGAGCCUGCGGACAUUGGUGCGACCCGGACACCACAUCCUGGUAGACGCGGGGGUCACCGUCAGGAACCUCAUAGCGCAGCAGUUCUCCUUGACAGGCCGGUGUGAUUACUUCCGGUCUAAACAAGGAUUCUUGCCCUUCUCGGCAGUGGUGGCAACCCAGCGCAACAACCCUCUCGUGAUCAGCCUCGAUAAACGAGUACACGAGCUCAUGGAGUCUGGCAUCUUCCGUUACUGGUUCCGCACUGCCAUUCCAAACUCCAGCACGUGUGACAACCCGCCAAGAAGGUUUCUGGAGACUACACCCCUUGCAGCCACGAACCUUUGGGGUAUGUUUGUGGUGCUCGCUGGCGGGUUGGCAAUGGGCAUUAUAUCCUUGUGUGUGGAGCUCUUUGCUGGUGCUCUGCCUCAACACUGAACUGUAACACCUCUUCUCUCAUAAAUUUAAUGAAAUGUAGCUCAAGGCGUCCAACUCAAUAAGCUGUGUAUUGUUAUAUCAUUUGUGACUUGUUCCUUUGUUAAAGAGUAUGGCCAUGACUUUGUAUAAUUCCAUGCCAGAGAGAGAGAGAGAGAGAGAGAGAGAGAGAGAGAGAGAGAGAGAGAGAGAGAGAGAGAGAGAGAGAGAGAAUCUAUAAAGUCUAUGUUCCUCCCACAGGGUAUGUUUGUGGUGCUCGCUGGCGGGUUGGCAAUGGGCAUUAUAUCCUUGUGUGUGGAGCUCUUUGCUGGUGCUCUGCCUCAACACUGAACUGUAACACCUCUUCUCUCAUAAAUUUAAUGAAAUGUAGCUCAAGGCGUCCAGCUCAAUAAGCUGUGUAUUGUUAUAUCAUUUGUGACUUGUUCCUUUGUUAAAGAGUAUGGCCAUGACUUUGUAUAAUUCCAUGCCUGAGAGAGAGAGAGAGAGAGAGAGAGAGAGAGAGAGAGAGAGAGAGAGAGAGAGAGAGAGAGAGAGAGAGAGAGAGAGAGAGAGAGAGAGAGA